GAAGCCCGAGUCGAAUCGGAGAUGGUCGUCGGGGACGAAGUUCAAGCUCCACCGGCGGAAGGCGUUUCAGAGACAGCUCGUGGUCCAGGCAGGCGUCGAAAACGAAGAAAAGUCAGAGCUUUAGAGGUUGAUGAAGAUCCUGAAAAUGAACCUGACCCCGUCCCCGACAAAGAAGAUGACUGUGCGGUGUAUGGUGAUGAAGACUGCGAUGCUGUUGAUGACGCAGUAGGCGGUGAUGAUGUGGAUGCUGGAGUUGAAACUCAAGUCGAUGUAGCAGCUGGUGAAGGUAACGAUGAUAAUGGUGGUGUUGAUGCAACAAGUGGUGGAGUUGAUGCAACAGGUGGUGGAGUUGAUGCAACAGGUGGUGGAGAUAGCGAUGAUGAUGCAGCAGCUGUUGAAGAAGAUAUGAACUUCAACAUUUCAGAAGAUUUCCCAGAGGCUGUUAGAGGAGAUGAAGCUGCUAGUGACUCGGAUAGCGGUGAUGAUAUAUGGGACGAAGACAAGAUUCCAGAUCCUUUGUCAUCUGAUGACGAAGAUGAAGACAAAGCUAGAGAAGAGGAAGCUGGUAGAGGUUCUGAUGAUCCAGAGGUUUUGCUAGAAUUGGAGAAAACUUACAACUCUCCCGAAGACUUCAAGCUUGCACUUUUGAUGUACUCUUUAAAGACAAGAUGAUGAAGGUGUUGAAUGUUCAUGGAAAGUUUAUUGUGCAUAUGAGAAGAGGAAGCAUAAGAUGCAAAUAAAAAGAUAUAUCAAUG